AUGCCAAAAGUCGUGAUAGCGGGUGCAGGCCUGGUUGGGGCUCUGAACGCGUGUUAUUUUGCGCAGCGCGGAUGGGAUGUAGAAGUGUAUGAGUUCAGAAGAGAUAUACGAGCAAUGGAACACGUACCAGGUCGAAGCAUUAACUUAGCGCUCUCUUACAGGGGAAAAUGUGCUUUGGAAGCAGUUGGAUUGAAGGACUACAUUGUCGAGCAAGGUGUUGAACUGUAUGCAAGAUUAGUGCACAACAAAGACGGAAAAACUUUCAGUCGGCAACCCUAUGGACAACCUGGUGAACAUAUCGUCUCGAUCAAUCGUAGACAUCUGAACGAAGUGAUGAUCACACAAGCCGAAAAAAGCCAGAACGUAAAGUUCUUCUUCGAACAUAAGGUACGAUCGGUGGACCUGGAUAAAAGAGAACUGCUUGUCACUCGUACUGGAGGCACGAAAAUACCAAGAUUCGGAGGAGCUUCGCAAAGCACAAAAGAGUCCGACAUUCGUGUCAAAGGUGAUCUCGUCAUCGCAUGUGAUGGAGCUUACUCAGCCGUGAGAAGAAGUCUUACGACGCAGCCAAGAUUCGACUAUUCGCAGGAAUAUAUCGAACACGGCUACAUUGAACUUAACAUUCUCCCAAAAAAUGGAGAGUUCGCAUUGGAACCGAAUGUCUUUCACUUAUGGCCUCGAGGACAUUUUACCUUAAUAGCACUGGCUAACCGCGAUAAAACAUUUACAGUGACCAUCUUCGCCCCAUUCUCGGAAUUCGAAGAUAAAAUGUCAACACCAAAUGAUGUUGAGUCAUUCUUCAAGGAGAACUUUCCAGAUGCAUAUGAACUACUCGGAAGACACCAUCUUCUGGACACCUUCAAUAGAGUUCGACCUCAGUCACUUGUCUCAAUAAAAUGCCGACCUCACCAGUUUGGUGACUUCGUACUUUUGGCUGGUGACGCAGCUCACGCAAUGGUACCUUUCUAUGGUCAAGGAAUGAACUGUGGGUUCGAGGAUUGCUUGGUACUGAGCGAGGCGCUCGAUGCCUGCCAAGAGGACAUCCGUAAGUAUCAAACAUUUAAAAAAAACUAG